CUCAUAUUGGACCGAACUCUUAAUAAAUUCACCCCUCUCUUGUGUAGUGGAAUAUGAAAACUAAACUAACACGCUAAUUCGAUCAUUAAGGAAUACGUACCUAAAGACCAACUACAUUGAACCUGUCAAAAGAAUUAUCUAAGCAUGGAUUAACAAAAAUGAAUACAAGAAGAAUUGAGGAGGAAAUGGCAAGGGUGAAAUGUUGGACAGCAGCACUAGCCAUUGGGCUCCUUUUAAUGACCCUUGUAGGGGAGUGUUACGGACAACUCCGAUUUGGGUACUACAACAACAAAUGUCGCAAAGUCGACGUUGAGGCCUUCGUUUUCUUCAUUGUCAAGAAGCAUUUUAUUCAAGAAAAACAUACUGUUGCUGCUCUCAUCCGCUUGCAGUUCCAUGAUUGCUUCAUCAGGGGUUGUGAUGCAUCAAUUUUGCUGGAGGGCCAAGGCAGCGAGAAAACAGCACCUCCAAAUCAAAGUGUUGAUGGUUAUGAUAUCGUCGAAGAGGCAAAGGUUGCUCUCGAUAGACAAUGCCCCGGAGUUGUCUCUUGUGCUGAUAUUAUUGUCCUAGCUGCUAGAGCUGCUACAUUUUUGGGUGGAGCAUCUUGGUACUCAGUGGAAACUGGAAGAAAAGAUGGUCGCAUUUCACGUGCGAACGAUGCACUUCAAUCGCUUCCAGGGCCAAGUAUGCCCAUUCCCCAAGCCGUUCAAGUGUUUGCUCAACAUGGCCUAAACACAGAGGACUUCGUUUACCUUUUGGGUUGCCAUACUGUUGGAACUGCACAUUGCGCCACAUUUCAAGACCGUCUAUACAACUUCCGCAACAGCGGGAGAUCAGACCCUUCCAUGUCUCGCCUCUUGCGCGUUUCCCUACAGAAAACAUGUCCCCGCAACUUCAUCUCUAGCAAGGAAACAUUCCUUGACCAAACCAAAAGAAGUGAAUUCAGAAUGGACAAUGGUUUCUUCAAGAGAAUAUUGAAAGGUGAAGGUGUUCUUGAAGUUGAUCAACAAUUAGCUUUUCAUCCUUUGACUAGGAACAUUGUUAUAAGAGCUGCUUCCAACGAAAAUAUAUUUAAGAAUAAAAUUGGGCCGGCCAUGCGCAAAUUGGGCUUAGUUGGAGUUAUCACUCGUGGUGAGGUUAGACUUGGUACGUGCAAGAAGGUCCGCUAGAAAAUUUGUCAACUACUACCUCCGUUUUAAAAUAAUUCUUCCGUUUUAGUCCGUUUCAUAAUAUUCUUUACAUUUUGUUUUAUUCUAAUUAUUGAUAUGAAAAUUGACUACCUUAUAUUUUUUUAACCCACAAUAUUUACAAUUUUUCACUCAA